CUGUUUUGUUUUUCCAGGUAAAAUCAGACUAUGACCAUCUUCGAGAAGCCCUUCUCAGAGUGACCAAGGAGCGAGAUUUGGCUGUGAGGGGAAAACACCAGCUCCAAGCCAAGCUGGAGAACUUAGAGCAGGUCCUGAAGCACAUGCGAGAGGCUGCGGAGCGGCGGCAACAGCUGGAGCUGGAGCAUGAGCAGGCGCUGGCUGUGCUCAACGCCAAACAGCAGGAGAUCGAGCUGCUGCAGAAGGCUCAGGUUGAAGCUAAGAAGGAGCAUGAAGGAGCAGUUCAGUUGCUAGAGGUGAAAGAGCAAGGCAGACCCGUUCCUUCCAGCCCCUGGGUGUUCCUGACCGUGUUCCUGUGCUGGGUGUUACCCUGUCAUGAGAGCCCCUCUGGAAGUCGCUGUGUGAUCUCAGAGUUCAUCCGACCCCUCCAGGUGUCUGGAGACAAACCAGAGCCGCUGUCUGUCAAACCCACCUUCCUGUCCAAGUCAAGAUCUGCUACCCCAAGAUGCAGAUUUGAUUCAGACAUGGAUAAUGAUCAGAAUUCCAAUACCUCAAAGCAGAGAUAUUCUGGGAAGGUCCAUCUUUGCAUUGCCCGUUACAGCUACAACCCCUUCGAUGGACCCAACGAGAACCCGGAGGCAGAGCUGCCUCUCACGGCAGGAAAGUACCUGUAUGUGUACGGAGACAUGGACGAGGAUGGCUUCUAUGAAGGAGAGCUUCUGGAUGGGCAGAGGGGCCUGGUCCCUUCGAACUUUGUGGACUUUGUCCAGGACAGCGAGGCGCGGCUGUCGGGCAGCGAGCAGGAGCAGAACUUGGCGAACCGCGCGGGGCCGGCGCUGCAGGGAGAGCUGGAGAUCAGCCCCCCCGGCCAGGCCGGCUGCGGCGUGCUCAGCAACGGCACGGCCGCCCUGGACGUCAACAUCGACGAGAUCGGAGAAGACAUCGUGCCUUACCCCAGGAAAAUCACCCUGAUCAAGCAGCUGGCCAAGAGCGUCAUCGUGGGCUGGGAGCCGCCCGUGGUGCCGCCCGGCUGGGGAACCGUCAGCAGCUACAACGUGCUGGUGGACAAGGAGGUGAGGAUGAACGUCGCCCUGGGCAGCAGGACCAAAGCUCUGAUAGAAAAGCUCAACACCUCCACCUGCACGUACCGGAUAUCCAUCCAGAGCAUCACCAGCAAGGGCAACUCCGACGAGCUGCAGUGCACCUUGCUGGUGGGCAAGGACGUCAUCGUCGCCCCCUCCAACCUGCGAGUGGACAACAUCACCCAGAUUUCUGCUGAGCUCUCCUGGCUCCCCACAAACAGUAACUACAGCCAUGUCAUCUUCCUGAACGAGGAGGAGUUUGACAUUGUCAAGGCUGCUAGCUACAAGUACCAUUUUUUUAAUUUGAAGCCCAAUAUGGCCUACAAGGUGAAGGUCAUGGCAAAGCCCCACCAGAUGCCCUGGCAGCUUCCCUUGGAACAACGAGAAAAAAAGGAAGCCUUUGUGGAAUUUUCUACAUUGCCAGCAGGUCCUCCAGCUCCACCUCAGGACGUGUCUGUGCGGGCGGGCUCCACGCCAGGGACCGUCCAGGUGUGCUGGAAGCCCCCAGCCCUGUCGGCGACGGGGACGUCCCACGGUGCCAGCGUCACAGGCUACGGUGUCUAUGCCAAAGGGCAGCGGGUGGCCGAGGUGGCGUUCCCGGCGGCGGAGGGCGCGGCGCUGGAGCUGCAGCGGCUGCGCGGCCUGGACGCCAGGGAGGUGACGGUGCGGACGCUCUCUGCGCAGGGCGAGUCCCUGGACUCUCCUCUCGCUGCCAUUCCAUCUGACCUCCUGGUGCCUCCAACCCCCCACCCCAGAACUGCUCCCAAAUCUAAGCCAUUAGCAAGUGCCGGAGCCCCAGAAACCAAAGAAGAACACCUAGGCCCACAUUUGAGAAGGGAUGAGUCCUGGGAGCAGACUCGCUCGGCGUCCCCCAUGCACGGACGCAUGCUGGAGCCACCCACCUUCCACGGCCCCCUCCAGGGCAGGAGGUCUCCGUCCCCCAACAGAAUCCUGCCCCAGCCUCAAGGCACUCCAAUCCCCAACACCGUCGCAAAAGCCAUGGCCAGAGAAGCUGCACAACGAGUGGCAGAGAGCAACAGGGUGGACAGGAGGAGUGUUUUCAGCGACAGGAGCAGCGUGGCCCCGUACUCGGACGAGGAGGAGGAUGGCUACGACUCGCCCAAGGUCAAGCGGCGGGGAGCCUCGGUUGAUGAUUUCCUGAAGGAGUCAGAGCUUGGAAAGCAAGCUCACUACUGCCUGGGGGAUGAGUACCACACGGAGAGCAGCCGGGGCUCCGACCUGUCCGACAUCCUGGAGGAGGAUGAGGAGGAGCUGUACUCGGAGAUGCAGCUGGAGGAGGGCCGGCGGCGCCUGAGCCUCACCUCGCACGGCGCGCUCAAGGAGUACGAUAAGAAUAAGACCACUGAAGCCCCUUUUUUGGAACAGCCUGGCUUUCCCCAGCAGACACACCACAGUAAAAGGCUUUUCAGUAUUCCAGAAGUGGCUGAAGAGGACGGUGAAUACUCUGAAGUGCUGUACAAGCAGGGUUUAGGUAUGCCCUAUAAAAAGAACCCCAGAAUAGCUAGAGGCCCCAGGGCUCGCAGGCCCGGCCGUCGGGAGCAGCAGCACAGCCCCCGGUACCCGGGCAAGGCCAGGGCGGGGCUGCAGGAGCUGGACGAGCGAGGAUGCAGAGGCAGAGGCAGGCAGCCCCUGUCCCGCAGCCCCGACAGCGGGCUGGACUGCGGCAGCGAGGAGGAGGAGCAGCGUUUCAGACCCCAGAGGGGCAGUGAUGAAGAGCAGCCCCGGCGCGCUGUCAGAGCCCCGCGGGACCCCGAGCCCUGUCCCUGCCGGAGGGGCUCCCGGCCGCUGCUGGCCCGCAGGAGGACGCUGACCAGGCAGAGCAGCAUCGAGGAGGAUUUCGGGGAGCUGGCAGCCCCGGCCGGGGGGGCCCAGGGCAGCGGGGGCCGCAGAGCCCAGGAGGGGCAGGGGGGCUGGAAGAGCCACCCUCAGCCAGCUGGCCCUAGGGCAGCUGCUGUCCUUGCAAAGCCACCCCACAGAGAUGCAGAAGACUCUCUGCUUUUAGGUAACCCAGCCUCUGCAGGACGGCCUGACAGGGUGGAGCAUGCAGGGCGAAGGUCCUCCCAUGGCAGUGCAGUGCCACAAAGGUCUCGGCCCCUGCUGGUCCCUUCCAUUGAUGGCUAUGGUGAUCAUGACCGUCUUUCUCCAGACAUUUACGAGGAAUCUGAAACAGAUGCUGGCACAGAAGAUCUUUCUACUCGAAUAUUUGUUGCACUUUUUGACUACGACCCGCUGACGAUGUCCCCGAACCCCGAUGCUGCAGAGGAGGAGCUGCCCUUUAAGGAGGGACAGAUCAUUAAGGUUUAUGGGGACAAAGAUGCUGAUGGGUUUUACCGUGGAGAAACCUGUGCAAGAGUUGGCCUUAUCCCCUGCAAUAUGGUCUCUGAGAUACAGGCAGAUGAUGAAGAGAUGAUGGAUCAGCUUCUUAAACAAGGUUUCCUUCCUUUGAACACUCCAAUUGAGAAAAUCGAGCGCGGGGGCCGGCGCGGGGGCCGGCAGCAGCCGCUGACCACCCGGAGGAUGGUGGCUCUCUAUGACUACGACCCCAGGGAGAGCUCCCCCAACGUGGAUGUGGAGGCCGAGCUGACGUUCUGCACUGGGGACAUCAUCACUGUCUUUGGUGAGAUCGAUGAAGAUGGGUUUUACUACGGUGAGCUCAACGGGCAGAAGGGGCUGGUUCCUUCCAACUUCCUCGAAGAAGUGCCUGACGACGUGGAAGUGUUCCUGUCCGAGGCGCCCUCGCGCCACGCGCACGACGCGGCCCUGCGACCCAAGGCCAAAAGGGUUCCUCCCGAGAAUACAGGUACAGCCCGGCGAGCAGCUUCCCCCACAGUCCAGCUCCACCCCGGGUCACCUCCGGCACCCAUGCUGGGCUCUGGUAGCCCCGCGAGAGGCAGGGAUGUGGCCUCGAAAAAGAAAAAGGGGCUGCUUUCCAAAGGCAAGAAACUGCUGAAAAAGCUUGGUGCAGUGAAAUGAGUCAUGUGCUCCUGGACAACUUGUAAAGCUUCCAGUCUGUGUACUUUUUUUUUUUUUAAAAGUCAAAACUAGGGCUUUCAUGACUAUGCAGUACUUUACCAGACCGUUGCAUUUUUAACUCUGACAUCAAUAGAAUCAUGCCAAUUGCUUAAUCAAAACAGCAAGAGAAA